GUAUCCCUUUGAGAUCUGUCAUUAUGCGUUCCUGCAUUGCGAUUCUCUUCCUUUUGUUGAUUGUGUGCUGCCACGUAGUGUACGGUGGUCCAUUUGAACGAGCCGAUCUGACAAUGAUAGAAGAUCCAAGAUUUGUUUAUAAAAGAGCCAAUGGAGAUCAAAAAGAACUGGUAAUGGCUCGACUCCAACAGCUUCUUGGUCCAGAAGCAUUCACAGAAAUAGACUCACAUGGUCGUUUAUCAAAUCUUCAACGACUUGGAUAACACUUUCAUCUAAAAUACAUCUUCAUCGUCCAAACACUUCCACCAACACGUGCCGCACAAAAAGAUCAAAGAGGGAUUCAGAGAUUCUGUUUAAUUGUGUGUAACAACAUUAACGCCAUUUUCUAAUUUUCAUUAUUUUUACAUUCUGCUCUCGAACAACAGUCCAUCACUCCAAAAUAAAAUGUGUGUUAC